AUGAGCUACUACUACGGCAACUACUAUGGUGGCCUUGGCUAUGGCCUUGGCGGCCUGGGCUAUGGCUAUGGUUCUGGCUAUGGCUUUGGUGGCUUCGGUGGCCUGGGCUAUGGCUAUGGCUCCAGCUAUGGCCUUGGGGGCUAUGGUGGCUAUGGCUACUUCCGUCCCUCUUUCUAUGGAAGAUACGGAUAUUCAGGAUUUUACUGA